AUGAGCCGCGUUGGGCCCCAGGUGGGGACGGGCAGCGUCCGCCUCGCCGGGCCAGUGCUGCCACUGCACGUCGUGACCACGCGCCAGCGCCUUGUUGCAGGCGCAAGUCUUGUCUACGUUAUCGCGUCGCUCGCCGCCGGCGUCCGGUACCUGCAGUUGCUCCAGCCCAGCUUCGCCAACGACCUGUGGUGGGCCGGCUACAACGUGUCGGGCCACCAAGCUUUUCUCGUCGACCUCGUCAACCAGUUCUUAUCCACGCAAGCCAAUGGCUCGCUCGAUCUUCUCGCGCCCACGUCGGUCGUGGCCAAGACGUACGCGAGCGCCGAGUCCAACACGAGCAUCUACCCUUCGUACAUGCGGCGUUUGCUCCUCGGCGAGCUCACGUCCAUCGAGUCGCUCGUUUCUAUCGCAAAUGGCAACGGCGGCCAACACAACGUCGGUGGCCGACGAACUAACCUACUGGCGGUCGUACAACUUGUCGACCUUUAA